UUUUGGCCAAAAACUUUCAGUUUUGCCAAAAACUCAACAUUUCGUAUGGAAAUCUUCCACAAAAAUAUUUAUUUUUUUCCAUUUUUUGGUCAAAUUUCUGUGGGGGAAAAAUACUCUGUUCUACUCUCCCACCCACACUUCACCAGCCCCGAAAAAACCCAGAAAAUUAGCCCAAUUCUAGUCUUCAGCCAUCUGCAAACUAGCCAGCCUCUGACAUGUUAGCAGUUGAAAACUUCAUCUGUGUUUGGAAAGCCAUGUUUACUCAUAGGCAGUAUCAAAUCCCAGUGAUUAUCAUGGAUUCACUCCUAUCGAUCUAAGGUACUUCUGUGGCCUCCAGAUCCUAAAGUGAUGAACACCUCACCAUGAUUAAUUUAGUUAUCUUCACAGUCCCCUGUGAGGUAGGGAAGUGUUAUCCCCAUUUUACAGAGGGGGAACUGAAGGACAGAGAGAGACUGAGGGACCGAUUUUUGAAGAUAUUUAGGAUUCUAAAGUUGUAAUUAGGUGUAUAGUGGGAUUUUCAAAAGUACCUAGGAGCCUAACUCCCAAUCUAAAAUGCCAUGAAGAGUGGGAUCCUAAAGGGACUUAUGGGUAGCAAUGCUGAGCAUCACGGAGCCUAGAAAAUGAAAGGGACAACACUCUGAUCCACAAAACCUGAGUUGGACACCUAAGUUUCCUAUACAAACAUGGGUGGACAGAGAUGCCUACCAAUGCCAUCUCCAAAAGCCAGGAUGCUAGGUGGGGCAGAACUGCCUAAAUUAGCCAUGGGGAAGUGUUGAGGGGGGAGAGUGUGCUAAGCUCUUCCCCUCUCUCAGAGAUAGGCACCUAUGCCCAGACUGCAGGGAGAUGCCUAGCUUUGCUUAGCAUUACACGAACGGGAAUGUGCCUCCUGACUUCCGUUGGCUUAGGCACCUAAGAUAUUUCUUGUGGGACUGAGUUAGGCUCUCCACACAAAACAGGGGGAAGAGGAGGUGGUGGUCCCCACCUGUAUAACUCUUAGCCUAGCAGUUAGAGCACUUGUCUGGGAUGUGGGGACCCAGAUUCAAUUUCCCCCUCUUUGCCAGAAGAGGAGAGAGGAUUUGAACAAGGAGUCUUUUAAGAGUGCUCUAACCAGUGGACUUUGGAAUAGUCUGAUGUGGGGGCUCCCUCAUUCUCUCCUGUUGAAACCAUUCCAUUGUGGAUAAAUAAUGAAAGAGCGAGUGGAGUAGGGGGAUUGGACCCAGGGUCUUCUACCUCCCAGGGGGGUGCCCUACCCAGCAGACAACAGCAUCAUUCUCUCUCUGGUGUUUGACACUUCUGUCAUUAAUGGGGUCACUGCAAGUAACCUUCUAGACUGAAUCACAGAAGAGAAGGAUCUCAUAAAAUGUAUACAGGACGUUGGUAGGGUAUGGCAGAAAUGGCCAGCUGAGAGAAGAACCAGUGCAGAUAAUAAAAAGGGGCAGCACCCUAUGUAACCUGCAUUGACUGUGAGUAGAGCUCAAGGUGUUGGUUUUAACCUCUAAAGCCUUAAAUAAUUUAGGAGUGAGUUACUGCUAGAUCACCCCUCUAUGGUGUCGUAUUACUGCGCUUGAGCCCAGAACCUGAGCUAGUGCUCUCUGAAUGUAGAAAGGAGGAAGCUGCUGGCAGCUGUUGGUUGUGUUUCGCUCUGCAGCCUUUUGGGGAGGAUUUGAGACUAGAAGGGCUUAGUUUAUUAAUAUCCUUAUUUGCCGUGGAGUUUAAGCCAUUACAGCUGUAUGAAGGGGUUGCCAACUCUCAUGAAUUUAUUGUGAGAAUUUGGAAUAUUUGGUAGUUUUUUUUUGAAAGCCUCAGCUUUCUUUUCUUCUCUUUUUAAAUAAGUUUAUAGUACUUGGGGUUGUAGAGAAGCUUGUAAAUAUGACCUGAAUGCACCCCAAAGGCUCAGCAAUCAAUGACAAACUAAAAUAAAUUGGCUUAAAAAUCAUGAGAUUUUUUUAAAAUCAUGAUUCUUUGCCACUUGAUUCAUGAUUUUUGAAUACUUGGGUUGGUAACAAUGUAGAUCCCUUCCAGCUGAAAGUGCCAAAUUUCACACAGCUCUCCUCGAUCUUGCUACAUAGUAAAGAAACAACCUUUAUGACAAUGUAUGGCCAAUAUUUUCAAAAGCAUCCACUAAACUGGACUGCCUCACUCUCUUGGUUCCUACAAAUAAAUGCAACUGGCUGCACUACUGAGGUCACAUGCAGUCAUUUUUACAGGGUUAGGGCAUAACUGAGACAAUGGGGGGACCUGGUUUUCAGAAGCGUUGAGCAUUUAUAAUUAAAUCCCUGGGGAAGUUUGGGUGCUCAGCAUAAAAGAAAAUUAGAUCCAAUGUGUCUCAAGGUGCCUCCAAAUUCUUGGAAAAUUUAAAUCCGGAUCUGUAUUUGAACUUUCCAGCUUGGGCUUACCUCUAGUUUCAUAAUCAGAAUGGUUGUAUACUGUGUUCCCGCUACACCGCACAGUUGCGUGGUCGCCCAGGAGUGAAUCAAGGGCCGUGCACUUCGUUAACAGAGCUGCGCACAGUGGCAACAUGUUCAGGUGCCCCUCUCCCUGCAGCUCUGCAGCUGCGUUGCUCCUCUGCCUUGAAGCUCCUGGCCAUCUGCUCCCGGGAUCCUCCUGCUUGCUGUGCAGAGUAGGGGAUGGAGGAUGACGUCAGGAUGUCCCCCUCUCCCUGCUUUCCUCCUGCCCAUGUACCCCAUCUCCACAGAGCAGGAGACAGGGCUCAGGAGCAGGAGAGCUCAGCUGCUGCAGUCUGAGACUUCGGGUUUGUGUGCCUUAAAGAGACAGUGCAUGGUCUCCCAUAGACUUCCCCAGCAGCCAGCACACACACAAUCUCUGUGUGUGUGUGUCACGCAUAUGCACAUGCGCACACACACUGUGUGUGUGUCUGUCACACACAAACACUGUCUCUGUGUCUGUCUCACGCACAUACAUACACACACACACACACACUGUCUCUGUCUCAUAGAAUCAUAGAAUAUCAGGGUUGGAAGGGACCCCAGAAGGUCAUCUAGUCCAACCCCCUGCUCGAAGCAGGACCAAUUCCCAGUUAAAUCAUCCCAGCCAGGGCUUUGUCAAGCCUGACCUUGAAAACCUCUAAGGAAGGAGAUUCUACCACCUCCCUAGGUAACGCAUUCCAGUGUUUCACCACCCUCUUAGUGAAAAAGUUUUUCCUAAUAUCCAAUCUAAACCUCCCCCACUGCAACUUACCCUUUAUUUACUAUCUUUUAACCAGUUACUGAUUCAUGAGUGGACUUGCCCUCUUAUCCCGUGACUGCUUACUUUGCUUAAAAGCCUUUGGUGAGGGACCUUGUCAAAGGCUUUCUGAAAGUCCAAGUACACUAUAUACACUGGAUCAUCCUUGUCUACAUGUUGUUGACCCCUCAAAGAAUUCUAAUAGAGCAGUGAAGCAUGAUUUCCUUUACAAAAGCUGUGUUGACUCUUCCCCAACAUACUGUGUUCAUCUAUGUGUCUGAUAAUUCUGUUCUUUACUAUAGUUUCAACCAAUUUGCCUGGUACUUAAAUUAGGUUUACCAGCCUGUUAUUGUCAGGAUUACCUCUGGAGCCUUUUUUUAAAAAUCAGCAUUACAUUAGCUAUCGUUCUGUCAUUUCUGGUACUGAGGCUGAUUUAAGCGAUAGGUUACAUACCACAGUAAGUACUUUCAUAUUAGAGAGCCUUCAGAACUCUUGGGAGAAUACUAUCUGGUCCUGGUCACUUAUUACUGUUUAAGUUAUCAAUUUGUUCCAAAACCUCCUGUGCUGACACUUCAAUCUGGGACAGUUCCUCAGAUUUGUCACCUAAAAGGAAUGGUUCAGGUGUGGAAUUUCUCUCACAUCCUUUGCAGUGAAGACUGAUACAAAUAAUUCAUUUAGCUUCUUUUCAAUGUCCUUGUCUUCCUUGAGUGUCCCUGACUGCUCGCCCCUCCCAGGAUAUGGUAGCCUAUGCGGGGGAAUAAGGGAACCCUUUUGUGCUCUUAUUCCUCUGUGUGGAAGCAUAGCCAGGGUCACAUUUUAGCCAUUAACAUUGUGAGGGUGAUUCAGACUGUAUGCUCAUUCAGUAUUUAGCCUCCCUGCUGAGAUUCCCAGCAAAUGUACCAUUUCUGAUGGUGGGGUUUAUAAUGUGGAUUGCAUCUGUGACUGGAUUGAGAUCACCUGCUUAUUUCACAUUGGCUACUGAAUACAGCAAUCACAUGGCAGGGACUUUCAAUUACAAUCACAUUAGGCUAGAUUUAAAUUGAUGGCAUGGGGUGAAAGACUUCAUGUCCCAUUACUGAUCUUUUGGGCUACCCCCAUAAUAGCCUGAUAUCAAUUUGUUCAGUCUAGCCAUAAACCUGCACACAAGUGUGCAGUGGCUAAUGCAGGAGAACCAGAAUUGGUGACAGACAUCUUCUCCAUAUCUUGAUGCUUUGAUCUGGUUUUCACUUUCUCCCUACUCCUGCUACUACGAAGUGCUAAGUGCUACUGAAAGGAAGAAAUCAGGAGGACUGUGAUAAUUCUUUUCUUUCCUGAAAGAGCAUUUUUGCAGUCCUCUUGUAGAUCAGCUUUUGGUGACCUAUUCAAUCAAACUAUAUUUCUGGGCAGUUUCUUUUCCCAAAGGGUCUACCUACAGCAUAACAGUAUGAAGCCCGUUCCACUGACAGAUUUGUAGGAGGCUGUGAUUUCCAUGAGCUAAGGGCUUGUACACACUACAAUUUAUGUUGGUGUAAUUUAUGUCAGUGAGGGGUGUGAAUAAGCUACCUCCUGAGCGAUGUAAGUUACACCAAACUACCUGCUGGUUUGGACAAUGUUAUGUCAAUGGAGAGCUUCUCCCACGACAUAGCUAUCGCCUCUCGGGGAGGUGGUUUUAUUAUGCCGCCGGGAGAGCUCUCUUCUGUCAGCAUAGAGCAUCUUCACCACACACGCUACAGUGGCACAGCUGUACUGAUGAAGCUGCGCCAAUGUAGCACUUCAAGUGUAGACUAGUCUUAAGUCUCUUUCCAAAGUUGUUAUUCACCUUGCUCAGGUGUAGAUAACCUCCUGGAUUUAUUAAAGACUCUGGUGUAUUUACAUUCCAUGUUGAAAUUGAAGAGAUAAGGGCUCUUGCAUCAAACACUGUAAAGAUACCAGUGGCAGCUAUCAAAGCUGUGAAAGGUAAAAUUUAUGCAUUCUCCUACCCUGGGCUGUCAACUCAGAUAUUUGUAUCUUUCCAUGUAAAUCCCUGGUACAUUUCUUCAUUCAACAUUGAUGGUAACCUCACCUUUAGUGGGCAUCUUUUCCAUUGACAGAUAUGGAAAAUAGAAAAUAAGUCUUACAUAUCAGUGGUCUUUUUUUGUUUUGUUAAGAGAAGGGAAUUUUUUACCAUCCUUUUUACCUAAUUUGUCUUCUGAAUUUUACCUCAACCAGUGUAUUCUUAAAAGGAACAGCUGAAUGACCAUAAAUCCCUAUUGUAUUGUACAACAUAUGUUUAUUAGGCAUACAACCUGUACACAUUCUUUUCAUGCUAUUUAGACUAUAGUACACACAAACAUACUCCAUUCGUGGUGCCACACUGCAUGCUCUCAGAAACUAUUAGAAGCCUUUGGAAUUCCCAUGACUGUUUAUUCAUUCUUUUGUUUAGGAGUCAGUGACCUGCAAGCACUCAUUAUGAAGAGAGAUCUGUGUUUUCUGGUGACUCUAAUUAGCCUUGCCUUCCUGUCACUGUUAAGAUCUGGAUAUCCUCAACAUAUUGCAGAAGAGUCCUGCUCUGUUCAGAUUCUUGUUCCAGGCCUCAAAGGGGAGGCUGGAGAAAAAGGGGAGAAAGGUGCUCCAGGGCGUCCGGGGAGAGUUGGACCUUCAGGAGAAAAAGGAGAAAUGGGGGACAAAGGACAGAAAGGCAGUAUGGGUCGACAUGGAAAAAUUGGUCCCAUCGGUUCAAAAGGUGAAAAGGGAGAUAAUGGGGAUAUAGGGCCACCUGGUCCUAAUGGAGACCCAGGCAUCCCUUGUGAAUGCAGCCAGCUAAGGAAGGCUAUUGGUGAAAUGGAUAUCCAAGUGGCCCAGCUGACAACUGAAUUAAAAUUCAUAAAAAAUGCACUGCCCUCCCCCGCAGCUGUCGCUGGUGUGCGUGAGACAGAUAAUAAGAUAUACCUACUGGUGAAAGAAGAGAAAAGAUAUAUGGAUGCCCAGCUCUACUGCCAUGGAAGAGGAGGAACACUGAGCAUGCCCAAGGAUGAGAAUACAAAUAGUCUGAUUGCUUCUUACAUCAAUCAAGCAGGGCUCACCAGAGUUUUCAUUGGGAUCAAUGACCUGGAAAAAGAGGGCAAUUUUGUGUAUUCUGAUCGAUCACCCAUGCAGACCUUCAACAAAUGGCGCAGCGGCGAACCCAAUAAUGCCUAUGAUGAGGAGGACUGUGUGGAAAUGGUGGCCUCCGGUGGAUGGAAUGACGUUGCCUGUCACAUUACAAUGUAUUUUGUUUGUGAAUUUGACAAAGAAAAUGUGUGAGGAUGUCUGCUCCCCCGUUUGAAGCAGAUUGUAUCACUUACCCCUUGUUUAUAAAGUACUAGUUAUAUUUUACAAGUAUAUAACAUCAGUGUUGUACAGCUGUAAAUAUAAUUAGGUAUUUCAAAUAUCAAUAUUUACCCUUCAGAAGGGAAGAUCAGAGUUAAAUAAGACAUAGUUUGUCUUGCCCUAAGAAAAUAUGUAUUUAGAUAAGGUCUAUAUUCUGCCCUCCCUGCAAUUAAUGAAUGAGGUUGCAUGACAGCAAUGGAGGGCAGAAUUUGGCUCUAUGUUGUUAUAAUGUUGUUUCUGAAGACGUAGAUUCUUGAUAUUGUUUUAUCUUAACAACAUUUUUAAUUGUUAAUGUUAAUUGCUCAUAUUGGUUUACAAAGAUGACAUUUCUGGCUAUUUCAAGCCAUAAGGAAAAGUUUUUGUAUACCCCAGCUACUUAGUACAACUAUUGCAGUAGGGUUCUGAAAGGACAGGCUUUGUACCUGUUUCUGUGACACAUGCACAAGCCAACUAACCCAUCAGUUCUACCAUUUUUGUAACAUCUUUUUAUUAAACUGUUUGCAAGUAACAACACAGAGACUCACUUCAGUGAGCGAACCCAUUUACAGUGCCUUGGGGAGUCGAAAUGGCUCAUAAUUCAGUACUAGAAGGAGAUAAGUCAACUUUGUGUUUCUUCAGAAAAUGCAAUGCCAGGUUCUGUCUGUUUUACACGUUGUUUAACUGAGGGUGGGAUAAAAGAAUUUGCCAAAGUAAGCCAGUACUCUAAAGUUGUAUUUGAGCCCUGCUGGAACACUCUUGGAUGGCAUUCCAGCACCUUUUUGGAAAGCUGGAAUGGCAUUUUAUGGCCCUUCAGAUACCUGCAUUCUGGCACUUCUCGAGCGCAGCACUCGCUAGUCUAUUUUUGCUUCAGAUAUUCGCGAUUGAUAUUUUUGGUUACAAAACACAAGGAGGGCUUCCUGAGUACAUCAUGAGUCUCACAAAACCUUUGUUGUCCAACAGUUCCUUUCACUGGGACAAAUACUGAAGUCUUCACUUAGCUUUCACUCAGUCCUUAACUUGAUGUCAGCGGAAGAUUGGCCUCAGAAAUGACUCUCUAAAAAGGGCCAAAUUCUCUGCAGGCAUAAAUGAGCACAGCUCCAUUGACUUCAAUGGAUUUCAUUCAUUUGUCCCAGCAGAGAAUUUAUCUCUGAGUAAGGACUUCAGGAAUUGGUCCCUUAUUUUGUUCCUGUGAUUACUACUCUUCCUUGCUACUUUUCAUGGCUAUGUCUUCUCUUAAAUAAAAUCUUAUUUAUUUUUUUUAAAAAUCAGUACAUCUAUAGGGAUAUAGUUCUAAAGGAAUGCAGUAAGUCAUUU